UCAAAGAGGUAUGUAUAAGAGAUGUUAGAGAAGAAGCAUACAAAACACUUGUUUUGCCAACGAUGGAGCGUCUCAGUAAGCUCAUCAUAAGGAGCUGUGAUAUAUCUGAGAUAGAGAUUGGGAGGACGCCAUGGGACAUUAUUCUGACUAGGACAAGACUGAGAAACCUCACAAGUGUGAUUAUAACUGGCUGCAAUGGACUAAAGGAUCUGAUGUGGUUGUUGUUUGUUCCUAACCUUACUCAUCUCGAGCUUCAGUGUUUGGAGAAGGUAGAAGAGAUCAUAAGCGAGGAGAAAGUUUCAAGUAGUAUAACAGAUGAGCCGAAAGCGCGAGGUAUGAAUACUCCUUUUCAGAAGCUUGAGAGGCUUGAGUUGAUCAACUUACCGAGGUUGAAGAGAAUCUACUGGAGUCCUCUGCUCUUCCCUUGUUUGAAGAAGAUUGUAGUAGAAAAGUGUCCAAAGCUGAGGAAGCUUCCACUCAGCAUUAAGAGUUGUGUUGGUGGUGGUGAAGAACUUGUUAUAAACUACAGAGAUGAUCAGUGGUUUAAAAGGGUUCGAUGGGAAGAUAGCCACUAAAGACCGUUUCUUACCUUGCUGUGAAAAGCUCCUGACCUCGUACUCAGAAGGCAACAGCUCGUGAAGCAAGCCAGUUUCCAGCAAAAAUCGAUACUGUUUGUGUUUACUAUCCUUAUGAGUCGUCUUUUAUUUGUAUUAUAGUGUGCUAUAGUCUGUGGCUUGAUAUGGAAUGGAACAGAGUCAUAUUUCAUC